AUGUCAAGAAAAAGUCAUAAUCUUCGAGAUUUUUUGUCCUUGUUAAGAUCAACUUAUACUGAUGAAGUUCGAGAAAAUUUAGCAUAUCCUGUACCCGAAGAUUCAAAAAAUAAUGAUUUGUAA